AUGCAAAUUUCAGACGUCCAAGAGGCCAGACGAGAGGAAUCCAGAAGCGAUCGGCCACAGUACGCUUCGGGCCUGCUGAGGAGUGGGGACGGGAGGUACGAACAAACUACUAGUAGACGGCGGGUGCCGAGGGUUCCGCCGUGAGUGUUGACAGACCGCAUGAGGUCGAAAUGUGACAGAUGAGAUUAAGAACCACAAAAAUUGUCGCUAUGGUGGAGGAGUGAUAGCAGUGGAUUAAGAAAUCAAUUCAAAACAGGGUUUCUAAUGAUACAAUUAAGGGUUACUACUUGAUUUACAACUAAAUCCCAGGAGGACCCUUCUCGAAGUCAAGAAGCUGAGUGUUCGGGAAUGAGACCGUUAACAGUGCCUUUAUUCUUUCCGGUGUAAGGCGUUUGCAUAAUUUUGACUUGAAUGCCAAUAACUUAGGCGAUGACCUACUUUCUGUCGGAAGAUUAUUUCAGAAGAAGGCAUAUUUGGAAGCAAGGAAGAGGGAGCGUUUAGAUGUAGUGCAAAGAGGUGGCAGCGGAAUCACCAUGUAGGAUUUGCGCGUGGCAUAAGACCGAUCUCUCUGAGUGAGAAUGUCAAUGAGCGGAAGAUUGGAGCUCGAGUUGAUGCAAAAAAGGAAGCAAAUGCCAGCUUUGAGUCUUCUAACUCACAGAAACUGAAUGUUCGCCAGCUGAUAUCUCUGAGUAUAAGAAAUACCGGACGAAGCUUGAGAGAACAGUUUUCGGGUGAAAAACCUCUGAACAUUUUCGAUCUUAUAGCGGUCACAGGCGUUCAUUAAACCAAAGAAAGGGCAGUAGUAUUCGAGGAUUGGAAGAGCAAACAUUUGAUAAAGUCUUAGCUUCAUUUCCGGAAGGAAAAAAAUAUGCGAUAUGAAUCCACAAAUAUGUGAAGCUUUGGCAGAGAUUCUAUCUGCAUGAGAUGAUAAAGCAAGUUUAUUUGUGUAAAUUUAACCUGGAUCCUUUAUGAUAGGAAUCCUAAGAGUGGGUUACUCUGAAAACUAUGUGACCAGGAAGUUUGGCAAUACCAAAAGGCAUGAAACUACACUUGGAUGAUGAAAUCUCCAUCUGCCAUGUUGAACUCAAUCUGCUUAAGCGUGAUAAUUCGGCAUUAAUUUUUUCAACACAAACGUUUGCGGUGUACUUAGAAUAUGAGUAAACACACUUGAGAUCAUCGGCAUAAAUAAAAGUUUGAGAAUUGUCGAGUUCAGUCGAAAUAUCAUUGAUACAAAGUACUAAGAUUAACGGACUAAGAACCGUGCCUUGAAGUACGCCACUCGUGAUCGAGUGAGUUGUCGAGUAGCCAUUACCGACCAUGACUUUCUGAUAUCGGUUGGACAAAUAGGACCUGGCGAAAUUGAGUAGAGGCGGCCGGAUGCCGAGAGCUUCCAAUUUUACCGAAAGACGUAUAGGGGGCAUCUUGUCAAAGGCUUUGCUAAGAUCAAAGUAGAUAACAACCACUGGUUGCCGCUGAUUACGAAGAGAAGUGAGUAACUUAAGAAAUGCCAGGUGGCAAGUUUCGCAGGAUCGUUCAGGUAACAAUCCAUGCUGACUAGAGCUCAGAAGCCGAUCAGCGAGACAGAAGUCAGGAAGUUCAUUGAAAAUAAUCUAUUCAGGAAGCUUUGUUACAGACGGUGUUAUGUGCAUGCCCCGAGAUCCAGACUUGAAGACGGGACUGAUAAUUGACGUUUUCCUUGUUUCAGGAAAGAAUCCUUUUGACGUAUAAUCCGAGAAUAAGUGGCUAAGCAAUAUGGGAAGAUCGGAUGCUUAUUUAAUAAUCGAAUUUGGAAUCCAGUCCGUUUCUGAGCAGUGGGAGUUUUUUAAACGUCUUAUGUGUUUCUUAAUGAGAUCUGAGGAGACAUCGAUUGUAAUCAGUGCCUUAUCUAAAAGUGAACGAAAGAAAGGGACUGGUUCGAACUCAGUAGUAAGGUGUUUUGCAAAUAAAACACUAAACAAAUCCGUCUGGUCAGUGUCAUCGAUGAGGAAUACUUUGUUAUCAUUUAUGAUGAUGAUGAUGCUGAUGAUGAUGAUGAUGAUGAUGAUGAUGAUGAUGAUGAUGAUGAUGAUGAUGAUGAUGAUGAUGAUGAUGAUGAGGAUGAUGAUGAUGAUGAUGAUGAUGAUGAUGAUGAUGAUGAUGAUGAUGAUGAUGAUGAUGAUGAUGAUGAUGAUGAUGAUGAUGAUGAUGAUGAUGAUGAUGAUGAUGAUGAUGAUGAUGAUGAUGAUGAUGAUGAUGAUGAUGGUGAUGAUGAUGAUGAUUUAUUUAAUGCCAGUUUACAGGCAUUGUCAAGGGAGGCGUUAAACACAAAUCUGACCAGCAAUGAAAAAAAACUCCUGAGGUAAAGGAAUAAAAGCAUAGUUGAUGGUGGUUUUUAUGUUUCGGAGAGUUCAGGAGCAAAAACUGCUGACGGCCGUCAAGAACGGUGGGGGGAGGGGAGUUGCACGGUAUCGGAGAUUAUCGGACGUCAAUUCCUUUCAUGAAGUUGGGGAUAGGCAAAGUAUAGGCGUUGAGGAACAGCUGUCUCUGUUGGCCAACGAAAUUGCCUAUGGUGAGACCGGCCAUAGUGUUAAGAGACCACGAACGCCAUCACUACGGUAGAGUCGAUCAGUGGAUUCAGCACCCAAAAUUUGUGGGAGCUUUUCUAAAUGCAAAAAUCGAGUAAUAGUUCUCUUAAAUAAAGGAUAAUUAUGCAGACUUUUUACACUUAUGGGUAGUUUAUUCCAAAUAGCAAUUGCAUUUAGCAGGGGAAAAUUUCGUGACCACGCUUAGAGGAGGACCGAUGACGGAAGAUGUUUGCGACGGAUUGGCCAAAGUUCGAAUCACUGAGGGGAAGUGAUUUUCUUUGCCUGUCGCGCGCUUGGCGCAUCACUGAGGCCAUCUCUAAAAUCUUUGUGAUUCUAAGAUGAACUGAUAAGGAACUAGUGGGUAGGUCACGCACCUGCCGUCUCAAACUUUUCAGUCUGAUGUGAUGGAAAUGCGGAAUAAGGACAUCUGAAGAAUUAGGCUUGAGAUAUCUGAGCAGCAAAAUCUCAAGAAUGUCCUUGGAAACAUUGGACAUGAGGUCACGAAGAAUGGUUGCAUCGCUACAGGACAGGACGCCAACCAAUCCAAAGAUCUAAUGCAGUUAUUUAUUAAGUCGUUAUAUACGCAAUCGUAGUUUAUGUAAGUCCGAACGGCGCUGGUCUUUUUUGAAAAGGCAAGCGGUAAGCAACAAUGAAAUAAUACAUGGUCACUAUCAAAGAAGUCCUUUUUGAAGGCAACAAAAAGAGGAGCAAUGUCAUUGGUAAAGAUUAGAUCUAAAAUAUGAUUAUCUCUUCUUGGAGAACACACCAGUUGGGACCAGUUAGAAAAAUUGACAAUAUCUUGGAAGUGCUGGAAUCUAGGUGGACAGAUAUUGGAAACCCAGUCCAUUUUAGAAGGUUAAAAUCCCAGUGAUUAUUUUAACAUCGAAAGCAGCUUCCGAAAUUAAUUCAAAGAUUGCACAGUGUUGUGAAUCAUUACUGGCUAAAAAAUUUGGGGCAUUGUAGAUACAGCCAAUAAUUGCCUUUCUUCGCGGCUGGAGAAUGACAGAUAAAAAGCAGAAGUUUCUCAUGUAUUAGAAAGCAUCCAAGUAAUAGGGAGAAUGUUUAAGGUAGGACAUAAGAUAAAGAAGACAACCACCCCCACGCCUAGUCGUGCACUGUUGACGAUAAAAAUCGAACUCAUCUAUGAGAAGGGCAGUAUCAAGAAUAAGAGAAUGAGUCCAAGCUUCUGUUACAAAUAUAAUAUCAGGCGUCAUUUCCAGAGCAAUGGCUCUGAUUUGGGCCAUCUUGUUUAUAACAGACCUGACAUUCAAUAAUAUAAUAUCUAAUGUGUUUCGAACGACAAUGCUAUUUUCGACGGUAUUUAAAAAAAUUUGGAGGCGGAUAUGUAAUCUGCGAAUUAAUGACACUUGGAGAAUAAGUACCAGUUAAUUUAGAGUUAUUGACGUACGGGGAGUCAGCAAGAGAAGGCUGAGUAUGAGACCUAAAGGAGGUGGGCAUAUAGUUUUCAAACAUUGGAAUGCUAGGGGAGUAAGAACAUGGAUAGACUUGUUGGUAGUUAAAUAAUGGAGGAAGGGGAGGAGGAGGAGGAGGGAGGCUAGAAGGAAAGUAGGGGCUAAUGGGUGAGGGUAGGCCACUAAAAGACUGAAAUGGUGGAAAACCAGGUCUAGAUUGGAAGUCAAAGGAGAUAGGUUGACGUACCUGAGAGCAAUUGACCACAAGUUUUGGGAAGCCUGAACUAGGUUGGGGUAUAAAUGAUUUAGGGCAAUUCAUGUAUGAAUUAUUUGCUGGAUAUAUAGUAGGGCUUUGAUAAGUAACCGGUACGCAGGACAGAGAAUUAUUCGGGGAUAUAAUUGGAGCUGCGGGGUUUGUAGACGUGCUGGGCUGAAGAGGCAUGUUAGAUCUAAGAGAAGGCGUCGCACCCCUAAACGGAAAUGUACUACCUAUCUUUUGGGUCGGAGUCUGAUUCAAUUUUCGAGUCUCACCGUUCUGACGCCAAGGCACGGGUGACUUAGCUGUAGAGCUUGCAGCACCCAGUUGAACAGGAGAAUUUAUCGGUCUAGCUGAUGUAGACGGAUUUUCAUGUGUCUCAGCGGGACUAUCCGGAGGAUACGAAACGACAAAUAGGGCUACUGCAGCUGCUACUAAUUUAGGGGCAGGCAAAUGCGUCAGGUGGCCUAAGUGAGAUGUUCCAGUCAUAAAAUUAUUGCAUAAAAUCAUUGCAGUUUUCAAGUGCAGGCAGAUUAAGCUGCCUACCGGCUACAACGGGUGAUGACUGACCAGUUACAUCUGCUGACUUCCGAUUAGGUAAGCUUUCUUAAGUAGAUUUAGUUAAGUCACGCUUACGUACAGAUGCCGAGAGCUUACGUCGACCUGUGACUUUUACUCUCACUUUGUCUCGAGGCAAGUUGUGAUAAAGAAAACUUCUGACAGUAAAGGUGACUAAAUUUCAGCUAGAGGCUAAUGAUGGAAAAAUAAAUUUCACAGCAGAGUGCGACUGGUGGUCAACAGGCACAGACCAGCAGAACUCAAAAAGAUAGCAACAGGCUCAGUUGAGUAAAUAGGCCUGUAUUUAAGGAAAUUUACCAAAAAUGGGCUAAAAUCGUUAGGUCUCACAGAAAAACAACUUAAAAUAAUAUCCUCCACCUAUCUUCAAAUUUCAAACCGUCGGCUUGACCUUAACCCUAUGUAGCUGAUUUAGCUGAUAUUUGGCCAACUUAAACAACCGCACAGGAAAGUUCAGGUGUACAAGAAAAUUUAGAGUGAAAAAUCAAAAAUGUUCGUUGACUUACAGACCUUUGAAGUAUGAUAACCCACAUCCUUAAUAAACCCGGGCUCAUUUAUGUCCUGACCGUCCAUAUUUAGAUGAGGUUGUUGAUUGUCUCUUACCACCAUGACUAAGCAUUUAUGCCAAGAGAGAGAAAGGCGCCAUAUGCGGCACCACUGACAAAGGCCAGCAGAUCGUUCUUUAGGCGUUCGAGCACCAUGUCACGUCCUGCCGGCUCAUAUGUAUAUGCCUCUGUCAGAUCAUCGGCACACAUCAAGGGCUCACCAUUCUGAAAUAAAUCUGAAGGACUUUCUGAAUGACUCUGAAAGACUCCACGCCUCACACACGUGGGUUUGGAGGUAGCAUUCGAUCUCUUAACACGUUGUGAACGAUCACCCACGUAAGUGGAUAUAAAGUUCAGACAUUUGCAACCUAUUCCGAAGUAGGAAAGUCUCAAGAGAAGAAGAACAUGGUCAACACGAUCAAAAGCCUUAGUGAAAUCGAAAUAACCUGUUUAAGGUGCACAACCGUCGUCCAUAGAUUGGAGAACAUGAUUAACGUAAGAGAGCUGUCAGUUGUCACAAGACCGAGCUCUGAGGAAUCCAUGCUGUACAGCGUUCAGUAGGUUAUCCCCUGUCAAUCGGCACACCAUCUCGUCUUUAAUCAAUGUCUCUAAGAUUUUCGAAACUGAAGGGCGGGUGCUAAUUGGCCGGGAUUCAUCAAAUAGAGUAGAUUGACCAUGCUUGGGAAUAGACAAAAUGUGCGACUCCUUCUACAAGGUGGGAUAGGUUUAACUUCCAAGAGUGGGGAACUGGAUGCGCUUUUUGAAUGCUAACUGGGACAUCAUUAUGUCCAGGGCCGUGAGAUCGACGAAAACGCCGAAUCGGUACAGUCACAUCCUACAGAAUUUCGAGAACUGCCCCCGGUCAAUGCCUGAGUAGUCGAAAACGGAGUGGGCGAGUUUUUAAUAAACGUUUUGGACAGGAACGCAUUGAAGCGAUCAGCGGUCAACUGGGUACCAGCCAGUCCUGCCACGCUCUUUUCUUUUCAUGAAGGACAGUUUCUUCAGUUUAUCCAAUUUCAUUCAUUUUGUAUAUCAGGUAAAGGAGUACUUUUCACUUCUCGCUAGUCAUUUUCUGGGAAAACUGCUUAUUAAAAAAGCAUGAACUUAAUACUCUGGUAAUUCUGUCUAUCUCUUCUAAAAUUCUUAUGAAAAGUGGUUUUUACUUGCUAUGACGGGACCGCAAGGGUCUAUAAUAAAAAGUUCAUUCAUUUAUUUGAUCUCUUAGCCAGCUCAAAAAUGUCACAAAUCGAGGGCAGAACGAAAACGCCGUUCUGAAGAUGGAAUCGACGAGAAAGUCUGCGCAGUGUAGGGCGACAGGAUAAAGAGAGAAAUACCUAAUCCCCGACAUCAAUAAAUUACUUAAGGAGAACAAAACGAGAAAAAAGUCGAUCAAAGUUUUCGUACAGUUUGGCAGUGCAAACAUUUACAUCUGAACUUAGGAAAAUAGCAUUUCACUCGUACGAAUUAAGGCAUUUUAAUAACUCGGCUAAGUCGAUUGAUCGGAACUCGAAGAAAAAGCGAAACCUUGAAGGCAAAAUUUUGUCAUCCUCUAGUUCUACCAUUGAAUCAGACAGGUCAUGCUCGGAGCCCCCUAGUGGGUCUUGGGAUGCACUGACGAAGGCAUGCAACCUCUACAGAAAAUUACGUCAAGUGUGCUUGAUUCGCGGGUGGGAAAAUCGACAAGCUGACUCCACAUCCCAACGUCCACAGGCUCAAAUAAAUUUUCGAACAUUUUGCAGCCGGAUGGCGGAGACCAGCGGUUAUCAGACAGAUUCAAGUCACCCGCACCCAUCUGAUGCUUGUAGCUUCAUUCGGCUGAAGCAUAAAAUGCCUAUAAGAGACAACAAUAAAAAUGCUCAUUGGCGUUUGGAGGACGAUAGACAAAGCCAACCAAUAAAAAGAACUUAUUUUUUAGUGCAACCUGGGGCCGGCAGCUGCCUUCUACCGCGAAAAAAUGCGGGAGCUCCAAAGGCAGAAAUGCAAGUGUUUGCCUAACGUAAAUGGAACUGCCCCACCAUGGCUGUCUUGACGAUGAUUUGAUGACUUCUUCCAUGCUGUCCGACGUUUCCAUAACAAAAUAAAUCUAGAGAACUAAAUCCUUAUGUUUCAAGUAUUCUGGCCGAUAACAUAACAAGUUUUGUCGGCCAGACUUCGGCCGCUUCCUUGAUGAUAUUUCGUCUUUUUGAUCUUCACACUUGCUGAUUUUCAUGAGUUUACGCUUACACGUUUGUUUAAUUUUCACGCAGUUAAGUCAAUCUGGGACAAGCCAAAUACGGCAUAAGAUUCUAGAUUUAUUUUACUAAAUAAAUGACUACUCACCUGGUAGAGAAUUCUGGACCAAAUGCCACGCCUGGAGCCAAUCAAUACCUCUAACGUGCAUGCCUCAUAUAUCCUAUUUACGUUUGUUCUAUGUUGUUCUCUCGUCUGUCGUUGAUGCGAUUGGUUUCCAAUUUUUCAUGUAUGUACACACUCUUCCCAUCAAUAUCUCCUCUUGUUAUUUCCUGUGCUCAAGUCGUGAUUUUUUCUACUGACGUUUUUACGCAUUUAUGUACUCUGAUGUAAUAUACUUCCUCAUGGGAACCUGUCUAUACUUCUCAGACAUAGCGUUCGGUUCUGAUGCGAUUGAGACUGGAAGUGAAGGAUGUUUGAUGCUCCGGAUUCAGAACCCCAAAAUAAUACUCAGAAGUUAAGAGUAGGAAAUUGUUUCCGGCAGAUAACUGUUCUGCGACCCUUACUGAUCUUCACGAAUCAGACAUUACAAGUGAGGCCGAUGUUUAGUUCAUCACCCAGUGUCUGUGACUCGUUUUCGCUCUCUUUUCUUUCGGUGGGUGUUCGAAUGCCCAGCGUUGUUUUAAUAUCUAUAUAAAUUUUGACAGAAAUGCAUAAAAAUACUGAGAGUAGUCGAAUUUUCGCAUAAUCCUGUGCGUUUUUUUGAACCGUGGACCUAUCCAGUUUGAACUAGGCCUUUCUGGAGAGAAACUUUCGAGUUCGUUGUCAGAUGUCGCCUACCUAAUUUUCGCCAACUUUUAUAAACAGGAGUUCGUACUAAAAGUAACGGGCAUCGUUACCAAAUACUAUUUUGCCGAACGGUUUUUAUAUCAACACGUGCCACUCGUUUUAUAAACAACUUAAACCUUUCGCCGUUUUUUUACGGUAAUUCUUUAAUGAAGGUUUGGUAGCUGAGGUGAUAAAUGCCAGCCGCCAAUGCGAGUGUCAGACAUCUUUACUUGCGUGAGUCCCGAUUCGGAUCGGCGUUCGGACAGAGGAAGUGAUGUAUGUUCAGCGCUCAUGCUUCACUUUACAAACAACCAUACACGUCUUAGUUCUAAUUAAUUAAUUAGUUCUUAUUAGAACUGACCCCACCAUCUAGCAGUCGUAGUUCCUAAAGUUGCUAACGGACAGGAUAACUCGAUAGUACACCCCUCAAUGCGUUCCUCAUGGGCUUUCGUUCACGUGCGACUGGAGACCGCCCCAUUGAAUCCUGAUACAUAUGCCGUUUGGGGGGGACGUCGUAUAUCUCAUGCGUAGGCAGUUGUUUUGCUUUGUAUGUCGCCGCGUCUUCACCUUCCUCCGGUGUCCUUUACAGGGCAAGUUAGGUUUCACGCAAGUCUGCUCUACUAAAAUCAAUUUACUCUGCUGCUCCAACCCCUUGGUACACAGUGAUGGGUCUCGUCGCUUGCGGUGGUUUACCUAAAGAGGUCCUAAAACGGUGCAUGUGGAUUUGUAGUAUAGCAGUGGCUUUUGCCAGAAACGGUUUAAUCAAAGGUACAGGAGUUUGAACUGGCACAUACCCAAUUGUGAGAAUGUGCAUCCGUCGUAUACGUAUGUACCUUACUUAAUGCCCUUAAAAACGAUCAUGUCAGGCAUCACCUUGUCCAGCGAAGACUACUUGGGGCCCUAUUUCAACAGCGAAUAAUUUCUCUCGGCGCAGCCACUGUCUAGGACGAAACAAACACACUUCUAGUAAAUUAAAUGUAUUGGUUUCCAGUUUAGUGAAGUACAUAAGGAAGCUUUGCAAGCAUUUGCAUGAGAGGAUUUUAUUUGGUAUUCGAAGAAGUCCGAUUUAUCUGUGGACUUAGGGUAAACUAGAUGAAUGCAGACAAUCUUACCAUUAACACGUACACGACGAUUUCCAGUCGAGACUUCCAAAGUUAUGUAAGUUUGCUACAACCUACCUUUGUUGUGUCCCCACAUGUAUGCAAGGGCUCAUUCACGCUCAACCGGAGACUUACACUUCCGUUUUCUACUACGAAUUCAUACCCACAGAACUGUCGUUCAGUCGACAAACGGGUUCCGUAAAAUUUGAGACGACAUCCGUGGUGUUUCCUUCGGUCGGCCGUGGUAUGUUUAGAAUGUGAAGGACAAACUUAGUUCAGUGUCACAAACCGCUAAACAUCGUCUGCAGAAUUGACAAGACAGUGCACGCUAUGUUGUGUUUUCCAUAUAAACCUGUGAAUUUGUUUGUUUUUCAGUACGUACUAUAACAGGUGUUACUCGUACACAAUUUAAGACCGGUAUAAAGGCUUACUGCAGCUAACGGUACAGAAAUACAGCCACCGAAAAUCGGCCGAACGCGUACCUAGACUUUCAGUUAGUAGCUGUGCCGUCAGUAUGGUGAGUCAUUCAAUAACGGUAUAAACAUGCCUUCAACUGCUCCUGGACAAAACGUUCCUUUCCCGCUCACGUAAACACCACCUGGUUUAAAAUCGCUUAGUUUCUUUGAGCCUAAAGAACUCAGUCAAGUAUAGUAACUGUUCACAUUUCUUUAACAUACCAUGUCCGCAAUAACGUAGCCGUCCUUUUCUCUUUUAAUGACGGAGCUAAACCCUCGUUAGGAUGCCUGAGAAAUUUUUAUUAAUUUUUUUGAGAUUGAUUGAUGCUCUGUUUUUAGUCUCCUUUGUUUGCUUUUUUAUUUACGUUCAUUUUUUCCUCCACUUUCUUUAGGCUGUUAUAUCACUCAGGAGGAUUUUGAUCAAUUUUCACAAUUUAUCAAAACUGUCUCCAAAUCUUUAUAGCCUUCAAUGAGGAAGAUUCUGGCAUUUCUGUCUCACAGUGAAACUGAGUCGGUUUCCUCGCAAUCGGCUCACCACCAUAGUCUUCAGCCCGGAAAACAAUUUUUUGUUGGCAAUCAUAGACUAACUAUUGAGAGCGUAAUUGCCGAAGGUUUGUGUGUCUGCUUUACUCCCUGUCAACAUCUUGCUUCGCGAAGAAUACUGCACGUUCAUAACUUUCCAGCUGAAGUCGUUUUAAGAAUGUCUAAUGACGUUCGUUCUAGCCGACUCACCGGGCUCUAAACCGCAGAUUCGCCACAUCUUGAACGACCACCCUUCAUUGCAGUCAGUUGAUGGUAGACCUCUGAGCAAAGUCGGUACAUUACCGUAGACUUAAAAUCACGGGGUAACUACCAGCCCAGUUCGCCCGCGUUUUCUGUUAGUUUGGUAUAGUGUUGGUCAUCUCGAGAUCGUCACCAGCGUCGGCUGGGUUCGCGCAAAAUUACGUCGUAAGAUUGAGGUAACGCAAGUGCUGAGGGCAAAGUUGACGGUAUUUGUUUAUGAGCGGCCAUAUAGUCGUUUGUUGAAGACGUGAUCGGAGGGACGCAUUCAGGAUAUAGGGGUAGUCCUGAUCAAAGCCACAUUGUACCGAUCCGAAGCUUGUAUGGUGAAACUCUGCGUUGUGAGAGAAUAAUUCUCAUGUUCCACUGUGCAUGCCUAGGCGAUCUAGCUCAUAAAACCUUGACCGCAGUUCUGCGAUAAUAUUUCUCUUAGAAAGGAAAUGGGGUUGUUAUAACUAUUGGCAUGCAGUAUAAUCAGAAGGUACUUUUUGCAUACGCCAGAAUGCUGGCUUUUGAAUGUGCACCUUUUUUGGUCUCCCGCGAAAAUAUCAACCGCUAUAAAGUUCAUAGAAGCAUGUCAUUCUUUGCUGGAUUUUCGAUGUCUUUAUCAAUGCAAACAUUUGUCAUAGAAAGCACGCACAAAUCAUUCUGUACUGGCAGAUUACCUCUUUUUCAACUUCUUUUGGUUUAAGAAGUCCGGGUUGUUUGUGAUUGGGAGAUAUUUUAAGACCUUGAAGUGCUUACUCAGACAGCAUCCUAGCUGCCCGUCGCUAAUAUUGCUUGAAGUAUACCGCGUGACAAACCUAAAAACCUCUAUCAGUCCUAGACGGCAUUUCGUUAAUGCUGUAGACGAGAAGUGUAAAAUGUGCACCUUUAGCUUCUACGCGCAAGUCUAUUUUCAGGAAUUGGUAAACCCUUUUUAGAACCGCAAAUGCCAUUUCUUUAAGUGAAAAAUAUUGAGACGCUAUUCGCCACAAAGGGAACUACAAAGAGGAUACGCUUUUACAGGCUCCAAAAUGCAUGAUACUUAAGCGGUCGUUCCAUAGCAAGUGAGUUUUUUCACAGGUUGUCUAAAAGACGAGCACUGAUAGGCCAUCGUCCCGGCGUAUGUGGAAUGCCCUUGGAUCAUGCUGCGCGCCAAUCGGUGCUGCAAGCUCACUUAGGUGAUCCUUUCGAAUCGAGCACCUACCAAAGCAUUUAAGUCAAGAUUUCAAGGGUUGGUUGACCUAAUGCGCUUCCCAUAUUGCUCACUGCCUGGUGCCCAGAUGCAUCUUAGUUCGAGUCCAGGUUCGUAGCGUGUAAUUGUCUCAGUCUGCUAUUUGCAGACUAAGCCACGGACUGCAAUGUUUCUGUCUUGACCGAGGGUCCCGACGACCAGACUCUGCCAUCCAAACACAAGCGGGUGCUCCGAGCCUCAGAAUACAAUGGAAACAAUGGAUAAUUUAAUGUCCGUAAGACGCCAUCCCACCAACUUUGUUGAUCAGACAAGUUUAUGUCAAAAGGGGCAGUGCUUACAUGUCGUAUGUUGGCCGAAAUCGCAUUUGUUUUAUGCAAGCUUCGAAAGGAGUGUUGCUAGUAUUAGUCUUUGAUAUUAUUCUAUUAAAUUAAUUGUUAUGAUCUGCGUCGGUCGCUGUCAGAGCCUGUGGUGCAACCCGCGAAAUACCAUUGGAUUCCGAAUUUCUGGAAGCACCGAAGUCAACGCAAGGCUUUUAAGAACUUGUAGAACCUAGGCCAAGCACCGUUACCCCUGUGUCUUGUGCGAUCUGCCCGAGGGUUAAGACGUAGCAAUUAGUAUCUGCUCCCUGAAAAAAUUCACAGUGACAUUGUUCUUACCAUCCUGAUGAAUGGAGCACCCACAUUUGAGUGUUUGACUUCCACUUUUUCCCGAUAAUUCUUGAGAGGAUUGUUUUUUUUUGCGUUCCCCUGCAUUUGCCUACUUUUUGUUAGAUUUAGUGACUAGCUAUUCUUACAGUUGUUCUUUUUGACUUCCUAUGCAGGUGGUUUUGGCGUUGUCUGCCGCGUUCGGUCUCAGGAUGGUCGCGUUUUUGCCAUGAAACGCACAUGCGUCAACAACAAGUCCGACCUGGCCACGGUGAAACGCGAAGUUACGAUUGUGGUAUGGAUUAAGUUCUCUAAAACAACUUGUCCCAGAUCAUUUUGGAGGUUUGUUUGGCGUGUUGCGAACUAGAGAAUUUUGCAAGCUUGUAAUAUAGCAUAAUAUACUGGCGUGACAUUACUUAACUUACCGUUUAUUGUGAUAGAUACCUUAGCUGGCUUUAGUGUCUUCUGGCGGCUGUUAAGCAUUUACUUGAACAGCGCAUUGAGUGAAAAUUCCCUGUCGUCUGUAAAUGUGAGACAGUCGCUUUGAGCCGCGUGUGACCCACAAGGAAGGCGGCCGUUUUGUGCAACUGCACAUCAGCAAUUUUUCAUGCAGUUUGGAAGAAGUGCUAUGGGGGAGAAGACACACGCAUAUAUAAGAUUGGCAGUGUAUUAGUAAUAAAUACCAGUAAUAGGUGAGAAUUUGGAGCUGGCAGGAUAGAUUGGUCCCCCAGGGUCAGACUGCAGCGACCCACUGGCUCAUUGUGGCCCUCAACUAUGCGAGGUCUAAGGCAUACGUCCCACUUGCAGCCCGGUGGAAUGUUAGGGAGUAGCGCGUGCGUGGCGCGCCUAGACAUGACUUCAGUGUCGUUGGCUACCGCGUCUGUGCCUACCCCCCGCCGUCUUAAGUUCGUUCUGUCACUUGAAUGAAGUGAUUAUGCGAAUAGAGACUGGGGUGGAUGCUGCGCUUAUCUGCUCUACUAAAAAUCGCAGGUCACCUCAAUACCCUACAUAAGACAGUGUGUUUGUCCUCGUUGCUUGCGGCACACCAACUAUCGGAGGGGUUCAACCCCUGCAGGCUAAUAUUCCCUAUAAAAGAGAGACGUUUUCUUCCCACGGCCCUCGAGACUAAAAACGAAAGGAAUCGGAAAGCUGUCGAACUGCCAAUCUUUUCAUUUAACGGGCAAUUAAGCUUCGUGCAGGGAAAAACACGCGGCUUCAGAAAAAAAGAGCAAAAUUUUGCAAGGAAAAUGUACUCAACCUUGGCGCAGAACGUGGCCGACCGUGUUAAGUAGAAUGCUGUGCGGUUCUGUAUGCCGUCUUCUUGUAAUCUUAUCAUUAUUUUUAUGUCCCCGGAGGACCCCGAGUUUGCGAAUUUCGGUCUGUUACUUGCUUCCCAAAAAUUGACCGAGAAAAAUGCCAUAUUUUCUACUACGCACUAGCAUAACUAAUCCCGAGCGAGCGCCUAAUACAUGCCAUGUCUGCAUUGUAGAGUUCCCUUUCACACAAAAACAUCAUUAAGUACAUCGAUUCAACGAUAACUGAGACCGAACCGGGCAUCUAUGAAGUCCUUCUUGUCACUUCCUUCUAUCCGGGUAGGUCUUCUAUGAUGUUCUACCAUUCUAGGGAGUAGACUCCCUCCUCCACUUUUGUUGAUGCGGUGACCUAUCAGGCCACUGCUGUUUUCGAUCAUGCCACAACUCCAAGUGCCACUUCUUUAUUAUCACUCUGCCCGACUCCGCAGCCCCAUGUCCAAGUUUCAUUUCCGUACGUCGUUUGUCAACCAUUAGUUCUGUGAAUCCAUUUGUUACAUGUCAAGUUACGUAGUACCACGUCGAAUCUUAAGCAGUCGCAGACGGUGCCGGGACCUUUUUCUUUUUACCGUUCUAACCAUCGGAUGCGGCACAGCUGCAAGCCUUACGUAGGCUCACAAUAAUUUAAGCAGCGCCACCGGCCAUCCAAAGCCUAGACAAACGACCAGAAGCAGCCAAGAGCUCGAAUCACGGAGGUUGUCGAUGUAGAAAUGCAGCUCAUUAGAAGAAAGGCCUGCAUGCGAUAACCCCUCUUCCACUUAUCACUCCGUCGUCAUUCAGUCCGUCUAGUUCGCUUCGUCUGGUCUCAUAGUAGGGUGAAAACCCUCAUCUCUCAUCGCCUGUCCACACAGACUGACCUGAGCAAACCAGGCUAGCUUUUUUGGCAUUCAUGCAUGUUGGCAGUAGGUAAACACCAGCAUGAACCUUGUCCUUGACCAUCUAACUAGUGCCAGUUUAUUGAGAGCUCUAAAUAAGCUCGGGGUUGUUGAACCAGUCGAAAUGUCCAAAGCAAAUGAAUAUUAACGAUAAAACACUCACUGGACAAAGCCAUCCACGUGAGGUUUCGUGAACAGAGGAGAGUAAUUAUGCAUAAACGCCUGCUUUCAGGUCCACAGGCUACACCCAAUUGUGCUGUGAUAUUGGUAUUUGGGAGUGAUGACCGUUGUAGUAAUUUUAAUGCAAUCACAGUAGCUGUCCGCUGUUUCAUCGUUGUUUCCCCAUCAUAUUAAGCGUUAUAACAUCUAUAUUUUGACCACUCGAAGAGAGAGCAUUUUUAAUUAAGCCUUCCGCUGAGCAGUAAUCAAGGGUGUCACCUUUGAAGAACGAGCCUUAUGUUGAAAACUACGUUACUGAGAUCCAGAGAGGAGAUUUAUAUCUACGGGUGACAGAUAUUCAAAUAGUUUUAGAGUAAACGAACAGAAACCCACACAAGUGCACAGUUUCGGACUAUUUGGUAGUAUUGCCGAUUUGGUUAAAGCCACGUUUUGGCACGAUGAGUGUCUUCUGCGACCCUAUCACAUACCAGGACACAUGCUAGGGUAAAAGAGUUAAGGGAGGUUUACUGGAGGUCUGACCGCUCCUGGUGGUUAAUUCGUUUACACAUUGACAGAGACUGGAAAGUCAUGCACACAGCUCUCAUUCUAUGGCACACUUAACUUGGUGCGUGGCCUACCAAUGCCGUCAAUGUGAAGGCUAAACCCAGAGUCGGAGUUAGCAAUCCAUGCCACCCAAAUAGGGCACAUCUUCAACUUUGACGCCGUUGGGGUCGUGGCCCGAGGCGAUGGCCAAACUGCGAGGCAGGUGCAAGAAGCCUGAAUGUUCACCGACUGCUCUGUCAACCGCCAAAUUAAUUUGCCUCCUCCCUAUCGGUUUUUGCGAGCCUUCUUGACGGAGGACAGUCAUAACGCGGAACAGCCGGAGUCACUAAUGAUUUCUGUGAUGAGCGCGGGCGGAAGCGACAGGGGUCACCCUGAAAUGUGGGCCAGAUACAGCCACUUUAGACGGCAUCGGUGCGCUACGCAUAAACCAAGAUGCGCCAUGUAAUGAGAGCUGUAUGCAGGACUUUCCAGUCUCUGAAGAUGGCCAAGCGAACUAACUACUUGAGAAGUCAGACCUCCGAUAGACCUCUUUUAGUGAACGCCUCUUCUUUUGGCAUGUCACCUGGGGAUCGCAUUUUCACUACUAUUGACAUGGUAAGCUGUCGACCAUUGACUUUUAUCGGGCUCGCGGUUUUGUAGCAGCUAAACCUGUGCAAUUAAUCCCGGCGAUAGCACAAGUCCUGGUUAUGGAUUUUUUCAACCUCAUAGCUAACGAUGUUAGCAAUUGUGAGAUGGAGUAUCUUUACCUUGAUUCCCGCCGGUUGGACACGGAACUAUUACAAGUGGCCUCGCCCUAAAUUUCAGGGGAGGGAAGGGUAGAUUUAGGGUCAGGACUAGGGUUAGAAGGGUUAGGGGAUUAGGGUUGUAGUUAGGGUCAGGGAAUAAGAACCCCUCUGGAGUUUAGCGUGAGGGCACCUGUUGUGCUGUGAGGGGUCUGACCCAUUCCGUUUUCCUAACAGACCACCUCCAUGCACUUACCCACCUCUUAGCAGCCUCCUCUCACCCUUUACCUUCCCGUUUCCCCACCGAUAGGCUCUGUGGCUCAGGUCCUUACAGAGCGUCGUCAGAAGAACCAGCGUUUUUUGGAGACUGAAGUCUUGCGAGUGCUCUGUGACGUCUGUGAGGCCGUUUCGCGACUUCACCACUGCGAAACACCCAUCAUUCAUCGGGAUUUGAAGGUAUGUAUUUAGUUUCACUGUUACUUAUAAGUACCACUCCUGCACCUCAUAUGCACACGUUUCCGCCAAUUAGCGGUAUGCCAUCCUGUUAUCAUAUCCGCACAUGAGUUUUUCAUCAGAUGCGUUUUAUUCGUCUGAGCUUAGCUACUUGCUGCAUUCCCAGCUUACAGAUCCGAGAUCGUUGUCCGUAGAGCGGAAGUGAAGUACUCUCGUAGAUGUUUUAUUCGACAGUUCGAUCCUCGUUGCUGACGAUGUUCACCGUCUGACUCACAUAAAGGUGAGAGCAGGGACGGUGACUUGUGCGUGAAUUAGUUUAUAGUGUUAGUAGACCUGCAUGGCAUCUACCUCACUCUCUCCUACUCCACCACCUGGACCCGGUGUCAAGACAGCGUCAAGAAAACCGGAGGCGGAGGAGGGCGCAGGUGAAUGACACGGUCGAGCCCGCACCUUGGCGCUCCACUCCACACCCCUUGGUCCACACAGAAAAUGACCAGGCUUUUGACCAACAACGACAAUAGGGGGCAGCAGGGGUCCCAGUAUGCGUGCCAUCUGCCACCGCAUCCCGAAGUGUUGGCGUUUGUUAUUGUGCGCAAAUCCGAUAACGCUUGCCAGAACCCGAUACAGCCCCCGUGUUGGUCCAACGCAUCUUCCACGUGACCCGCUUGGGGGGCACAGAUGUUUUAUAGCGUUUUUGAAAAACACUGUUUUUAAAUCCGCUUUUCAUGCUCUUUUCUCUUACAUCCACUACCACACCGUAUGCGGACUCCGCCAUAAGGAAGCCUACGAACCCUAACCAACGGUCGCUUGCCAUAUACGCGUUCUCUGUUUGUGUACCACACGGCAGGUUACACCUUUAGUGUCUACUGUGGUUCAUUUUAUAGUGGUAGGGGCGCUCACCGAUCGUCCUUACGGAACUCACUCGUUCCGUUGUGCCUUACGGGCUCUCCCUCUCUGGAGCCCAACCAGUGGCCGCAAAGCGGAGCAGGAUAUAGACAGUGUGUUAUUACCGAUAAAGACAAGGGAGACUGGAAUGACAAUUUCUGGCUUAUUAGCUGUCGUCAGCCAGUCAUACCCAACCCCGAAGUGUUGGGCCACGAGCCCGUUCAUUUUAUUUAUGGUCGUUUGUUCUCUCCUACGCACCGAUCCUGUCUUUGAUGCGUUCGGGAGUACGAAUCAGCCUAAACUCAGUCUACUAAAUCACCCUUGUCCGUCCUCACGCUCUUUUAUAUCGUCUAACUAGAGCCCGAAACCACCCUGAUCGCUUGCGCAACUGGUAAAUUUAUUCUGUGAGAGGUUGCGUGGCCGUUAGUUGAAUGCCGUCAAGCUUUCAUGAUUUCCCCUUCGGUACCCUUCAUUGUUUUAGAUUGAAAACAUUCUCAUUGACAACCAGAAGAACUUCGUUCUGUGUGAUUUUGGCAGUGCUACCUCACGCGUCCUUCAUCCGGGAAAACAUGGACCUCUCCGGUGCCAGGAGGAGAUCGAAAAGUAG